AUGAGAUUCAUCUCCCGCAAGUCCUUCGCGUUUUCCUCGGGGAGGAGGAGGAGGAGAAAGGAGGAGAAGAAGGAGAAGAAGAAGAAGAAGAAGAAGAGGAAGAGGAAGAGGACCGCCCCGACAACAUCACGCGAACAGGCGACUUCCACAACGUGCGUUCAGGAAGGUUACGGCCGCAGUUCCCAACCGGAGCAGGAAAGAACGACCGAUGUACGAGAGGCUUGUGGUGAGAGUUCGGGUGGUCAUCCGGGGCACGACUCGGACGGCAUAGGGGCACGACGCAAGAGCAGGACAAUGAGGUGGUACCCACAUCUACGGACGGGCGACUCUCAUGCCCGUGGAAGAGACGACUCCAUCAUCAUCAUCACCGUCCCUCGGUCGCAGAGGUCGCUGGACUUGCCCACCUCGCCCGCGUACGAGAGCCAGAAGUUCUACAGAGAGGAACAGGCCUACGACCGUGACCUGGAUGCGCCCACAGAGCGAUCCGGGGAGAAAAGACACAAGGAGCUGUGA